GCCCUGCUGCCGCCGCAUUCAGAGCCCGAGAGGGGGAAAGAGAAGAAUGGGGAAAGUGCAGCGCGCCGGGGGUGGCGGCGGCAGCGGUAGCUAUAAUAGGCACAGGAAGAGAGCCGCGGAAGCUGCCCCCUGACUUUCAUUUGGGCAUCCAGAGAAGGGGGGCUGAAUGCGGGAAAACCCCUUCCUCCGUAGACCCAGAAGACACUGAAAAACAGCAAGAUGAAGUUGCUGGGUUUCUCCCUGUGUAUAGGAACCAUGAAAACUGUGAGUUGAAGAAGCCGCCACUGCUGUUUAAGAUUUAUGUACUGCCGUUGGUGUGCCAAGGAUUGCACAAAAUAGAAACGAGCCGGUCCCCACGCCAGAGGUUUGCAGUCUACAUUGGAAUUGUUUUCAAGGGAUUAUGUUUUACAGCAAACUGAUAACCUCAAGAAGAACAGCAUUGAAUGCCCCUCUGGUUAUGUGCAAAAGACGUUGGGAUUUAUGCUGAGACAAAACUGGAUUAACCAUGAGGCCAAAGACUUUCCCUGCUACCACUUACUCUGGGAACAGCAGACAAAGAUUGCAGGAGAUUCGGGAAGGUUUGAAGCAGCCUACCAAAUCUUCCAGUCAGGGAUUACCUAUUGGGCCAGGUGGUGAAACUUCUCUGGACCCUAAAAUUCUAGUAGGGAAAGAUGCUGCCAGGCAGCAGCAAAUGAGACCGGCUGCCAAGUUUGGGCCUUACCAGAAAGCACUGCGAGAAAUCAGAUAUUCUUUGUUGCCUUUUGCUAAUGAGUUGGGCACUACUUCUGCAACUGUUGAAGUUAAUAGGCAGAUGCUGCAGGAGCUAGUGAAUGCCGGUUGUGAUCAGGAAAUGGCUGUAAGAGCCCUCAAACAGACUGGUAGUAGAAGCAUUGAAGCAGCUCUGGAAUACAUUAGCAAGAUGGGCUACCUAGAUCCUAGAAAUGAACAAAUAGUCCGCGUAAUUAAGCAGACCUCUUCAGGAAAGAGUAUCAUGCCAAACAAUGUAACCCGUAGGCCAAGUUUUGAAGGAUCCAGUGAAUCAUUUCCGUCCUAUCACCAGAUUGCCAACCCAGUUUAUGAAGGCACAGGCUUUGGGGCAGAAGCUGCUAACAUGCUCGGUGAAGUUUCCAGGCCAUAUAUGGACUACUUUGCUUCACAGCCUACAACCAUGAAUGCUCCAGUACAAAGGCCAUCUGCCUUAGGUUCCCACAAUGCACCGGGUGGCCAUCAGCAGAAAACAUAUUCAGUUAACAUAGAUUCCUCAGUAAUGAACUACCCAGUGGCUGGUCACAGCAGCCAAGCUUUGCAGCUUCAAUCCACCCAUAGCUCAAACAGUCCUCACUAUAGCAGGCCACCUGUGAUGGUGCAGGGUGAGGCUCUUGGGUAUGGAAUUCAGCGGAGCCAAUCUUUUCAAAGCAAGUUACAGCAGGAUGGAGGCUAUCCAAGCCUUCCAAACAAAGGAACAGUUUCUCAGAGUAAUCCUAGCCACGGGUUCCAACAAGCCCCAGCUAAUCUGUAUAUGCCCCAUGCUCAUCACAAGCAACCCAUCCCAUCUUCUCAUCCAGUGCACGUGAUCACCAGGGGCCCAGCAUUUACAAAUGAAUUUUCAGACAGCCUGCCACAGGGUCUGUUAACGCCAUCUAGAAACAGCCUGAACAUGGACCUAUAUGAUAUGAAUAACCCUCAAGUUCAACAGUGGCAAGCCACCUCUUCCUCUUCCUCUUCCUCCUCCUCCCGUCGUGAUUCACUGCAGAACCCAGCUUUGGAAGCAUCUCCCCGGCAACAUGUUCCCUUCAGGCCAGAUGCCUGUGUGCCGAGCAGAACCAAUUCUUUUAAUAACCAUCAACAGCAGAUGCCAGUAUCCAUGAGGCAGACUCCUCCAGGCAAAGCGGACACUUCCAUUACUUCUCCAAAUACCAUCACAGCGGUUACAUCUGCUCAUAUUCUCCAACCAGUGAAGAGCACAAGAGUGAUGAGGCCUGAACCUCAGACUGCUGUAGGCCCUGCUCAUCCUGGCUGGUUACCAGCCCAGUCGUCAGCUGUGGAUGGCUUAGGAAUGAUUGAACAGCACUCCCUUGCUGUUGGAGGAGCAAACUCCUAUCAGUUAGAUGUUGACUAUAGCAAUCAAGAGCUCAGGUGUCCUCCACCACCCUAUCCUAAGCAUUUGCUGCUACCUAAUAGUUCUGACCAGUUUGAUAUCAGCUGCUUACGUACUGGACUCGAGCAGACGAUUCGGGGAGUCCCAAACUCAGCAGGCAACAAAACUGAGGAAAAUGGGGAAAGGAGUGACAAAAAUAAAACACCCAAAGCUGAAAAACUGAGUAAGGAUAAAAAACAAAUCCAGACAUCCCCAGUGCCAGUGCGGAAGAAUGGCAAAGAUGAAGAAAAAAGAGAGUCGCGAAUUAAGAGUUAUUCACCAUUUGCCUUCAAGUUCUACAUGGAGCAGCAUGUGGAGAAUGUUAUAAAGACCUACCAGCAGAAAAUAAAUCGUCGACUGCAGUUGGAGCAGGAAAUGGCCAAGGCUGGUCUUUGUGAAACUGAGCAAGAGCAAAUGAGGAAGAUUCUGUACCAAAAGGAGUCCAACUAUAACAGGCUUAGAAGGGCCAAAAUGGAUAAAUCUAUGUUUGUAAAAAUCAAAACUCUGGGCAUCGGUGCUUUUGGGGAAGUCUGCCUUGCCUGCAAAGUAGACACUCAUGCUCUGUAUGCCAUGAAAACCCUGAGGAAAAAAGAUGUGCUCAGCCGUAACCAAGUGGCUCACGUCAAGGCAGAGAGAGACAUCCUUGCAGAAGCAGACAAUGAAUGGGUGGUAAAGCUCUACUACUCCUUCCAAGACAAAGACAACCUGUAUUUUGUGAUGGACUACAUCCCUGGUGGAGACAUGAUGAGUUUGUUGAUCCGGAUGGAGGUCUUUCCAGAAAAGUUGGCUCGAUUUUACAUUGCUGAACUCACAUUAGCCAUAGAGAGCGUGCACAAAAUGGGGUUUAUUCAUAGAGACAUCAAACCUGAUAACAUUCUGAUUGAUCUUGAUGGACACAUCAAACUGACUGACUUUGGCCUCUGUACUGGAUUCAGAUGGACACACAACUCAAAAUAUUAUCAGAAAGGGAGCCACAUCAGGCAGGACAGCAUGGAGCCAAGUGAUCUUUGGGAUGACGUGUCUAAUUGUAGAUGUGGAGACAGGUUGAAGACCUUGGAGCAGAGAGCUAAAAAGCACCAGAGAUGUUUAGCUCAUUCCUUAGUUGGAACCCCAAAUUAUAUUGCACCGGAAGUUCUUCUUCGUAAAGGAUACACUCAGCUUUGUGAUUGGUGGAGCGUUGGUGUCAUUCUCUUUGAGAUGCUUGUGGGACAACCUCCCUUUCUGGCUCCUAAUCCCACAGAGACUCAGCUGAAGGUGAUAAACUGGGAGAAUACUCUGCACAUUCCCUCCCAGGUCAAACUUAGUCCUGAAGCAAGUGAUCUUAUCACAAAACUGUGUUGUGCGGCUGAAGAGCGGCUUGGAAGAAAUGGAGCAGAUGAUAUCAAGGUUCAUCCUUUCUUUGACUCCAUAGACUUCUCCACUGAUAUCCGCAGGCAGGCAGCUCCCUAUGUCCCCAAAAUCAGUCAUCCAAUGGACACCUCCAAUUUUGAUCCAGUUGAGGAAGAUGGUCCUUCAGAUGAUGCUAGUGAAGAUAGCACCAGGGCAUGGGACCCACAGACUUCUUCUAGUGGCAAACACACAGAACAUGCCUUCUACGAGUUCACUUUCCGAAGGUUCUUUGAUGACAAUGGAUACCCAUUCAGAUACCCAAAGCCUUCUGGGCUAGAAGUAAGCCAGUCAGAGAACUCUGAUGUAGAAAGCAAAGAUGGGCUGGAUCAGACUGGAGCCUGUCAACCUGUAUAUGUGUAAAACAAAGCCCAACACUUCUUUCAUAAAUUUAGGGUCUUCCGUAUAUAGUCUUUAGUUAACAUAAGUUCUAGAUGAGAUUAAUGCAAGUCUGGAAAGGCAAAGACUUGCAAACAAGGUUCUAAGUGCAAGCUGGUUCUGAUUUUAGGCUGUUUAACAUUGUAAAUAGGUAUGUUGAUGAGUACACUUGAAACCUAGAUUUUCACCAUAAUUUCCAAGGGCUGGUGUGUUGCCCUUCUUAACCAACUUUUCCUUCUGGGUCAGUGUUCCAUGCUUCAAGCAUUGACAUGCUUCCACAGCAUUGUGCUAUUUUUUUAAGUGAGCAAAGAGCACUUAUUUUUGUUUAUAGCAGGGUUGUGUUUUUCCUACUAAAUUAUAGGGAUUAAUUUUGACAAAUCAUGCUGCUGUUCCUAUUUUCUCCUGUAUAAUUUUUUUAAUCCAGCGCACUUAUGUCACAUUUUUAGGAAAAUGCAUAAGAUUGAAGAACGUGUAAUUAAAGGUCUCUGUGCAAUAAUGUUUAAUAAGAGAACUGUCUAAUGUCCUAAAUUUGCUAGUGCUGUUUUUCUUCAUCCCGUAACCUUUAUGUGUAUGGGCCUGUUCUCACUUCACAACAAUGCAGCAUGGCUUAAUUUACCCAAGGGAACUGUUGUGUUGUGCAGGGCAGCUGCAAGCACCUGGCUUGCCAUAUUGUGCAGACAAAGGUAGCAGGGGCUGUUGGAGGGCUAGACAAUCCUCAAAUAACCCUGAAACAAAGCAGGGGUUACAUGUGGGUUGUUAAAGCCACAUAUAACCACUACCAACUUAGUUUGCAUGGCAUAGCAAGCUAGGUGCCUUCAGGCACAUGGCAUGUCAUGGUGGCGCCCAUGGUUAAAUUAAGCGAUGGUGGGUUGCUGUGUCAUAUAAAGUAGGUCUGUGUUUCCACAUUUCAGAAUAAUUUCAUUUCCUAUAUAAUUUUUGAAGCUGCUUUAUUUCCCUUUUUAAAACAAUUUUGGAAUUUUAGUGUAAUCGGAGUGUGAGCAAGUGGCAGUUGGGGUGUGAUUACAGUGACUGGUGUGUGGAGAAUGUUGCAUGGGCUGUGAUAAUUUUUUCUGUUUGAAAUGACCUUUUUCUUGCCAUUCACAGGCAGGUCCUGUGUAUCCAUUUUACUGAGGAUCUACAGCUGUAGACCUUUAGAAUUUGUGUGUGGAUAUAUCGUGUGGAUGUUUUUUCUAUUAUGAUUGUGUGCCACCGCUAUGUGUAAAACAAAAGACAACGCUCUAAUUCACAUUAGGGAUUGGUGGUGUAUAUAGGGGAAGGAAGAUGUUGGUUGAACUAAUUAAUUUGUUUCAUUAAAUAUUUAUCUUUCCACAGAAGGAUAAAUAGCAAACUAUUGCUUUCAUAAUCAGUGUGUGGCCCAAGAUUAUACAGUUCACUUACCUAGUACAUGAUAUGUAGUGUUCAGUUGUUUGAAACUUGCCAUAUAGAAUUCAGUAGUAAUGGUAUCUCUCUGCGAAAAAGGAUUUUUCCAUUCUCUGUGCCUUAAAUUUGAUUCAGGAGCCUUAUUUUCUUAUACUUAAAAUUAAUAGGACUUUUCAGAGCAGGAAAGUUAAGGGUAAUUAAGUGACAAUGUAUGUAUCUUUCUGGAAUGUAUUGAACAUAUGAAACUGCCUUUAUACUGAGUCAGACUAUUGGGUCCACCCAGCCAAUGUAGUCUACUCUACUUGGCCACCUCUCUUGAGCAGAGGUCGUCCAAGCCCUGUUACCUGAGAUUAUUUAAUUGGAGACACAGAUCUUGGGACAUUAUAUGUAUUGUACUUUGUCAUUGAACUGUAGUUCAUCCCCAGAUGCAGCAUUUCAUCAUUGUGACUAUAUAUUGUGGUUAUGGCAAACCACUGUACAUCGCUACUCUUGAACUAAGGGGAGACAGAAGGUAUAUAUCCAUUCAGUUUAGAUUUCAGCUCCCAGAAGUCCCAGCCAGCAAAGCAAUGAGCAAGAAUGCAGGGAGUCGAAGUCUAAAACACGUGGAGAUCCACUUUCUGCUCACUCCAAAUUUUGGCAAUUCCUGAGACCUUAUAACUGAUGUCAACACAUCUCAGCAUUUCUAGUUGCUUCUCUGUGAUGACCUUGAGGUACAGAAACUGCAUGCAUGGCAAACCAUGCAAUUUUCUAAAGCAUCAGCAGGUGAACAUGAGCAUCAGUUAUAGCAACAGUGUAAGAAAAAUGAGAGCAGAUAGAUUUUUCUGAGAUACCUAUCUUGUGGUCACAUGACCAUAUAAUGAUGUGUAUCAUUUAUCAACAUCAUAUUGAGGCAACAAUGACCGACACUCUCCAGUGCUGCGGGGAAUUGUGAAUUACUUUGUCCAAUUUAAAUAGAUCUUUCCUAAUCCUGUAUACACAGAAGUCAAUAUAUUUGGGUUGCAGCCUUUGUUUUCUAAAUGAAGUACUCAGACGCUGGCCCUGGUUAUACUUGGUCUAUUAUAUUGCUAUAUAUUAUGAUGGACCAUACCUAAUUCUUCAUCUCUAGCAAAUGCAAGCAUACAUUAAAAUGUUUUUUUUUUAAUUUUUUAAAAAUAUGCAUUUUAUUAGCUAUGUUAAUGUAUGGAUUAUUCAAAGUGAUAAUGGAAUACUAAGGAUAAUUAAGCCAUAACUAUCUUCAUUUAUAUUCUAUAUAUACCUAAAUAGAUUUCCCCCCUCCAAAUGCUUAAUUCAGAUUAGUUUAACAGUCCUAUUUUUAAAUGAUUGAUUGCAAUAACAUUUGAGGGCAAUAUUCCACUGUUUUUCUUUAACUACUUAAACUGAAGCCUCAUUUUUCUUAUGUUAUUCACAUAUUAUUCCUUAACAUUUUAGCCUAUCAUAUCGUACCCAUUGUCUAGAUAUAUAAAGCAACAACACCUAUAAAUCCAUCAGGCUAAAACUAAACAAAACGACUGUGUAUUUGUUUACAUUUGUAUGAAAGGAGUGUUCUGAGGUAUGCAGUGCUUGUGUUGUGACAGUUUAUGAAAGAUUCAGUAUUACUACUUUUUAUAUAAUAAUGCCAUUUUUAUAUUUACAUCUAUCUGACAUUCUUUCAUGUGGUAGGUUCUUCCUCAGGAACUCAGUUUAACUGUUAUUUAUUUAUCAUUUGCCUUUCAAAAGCUUCUGCUGGCACAAUUUAUUAUUAAAAAAGGAAACAAAAUCCAAAA